UUACCCUAUCGGAAAUCUUACUCACACCACACCCACAAAGUACUAUUCUCCGCCAUCACUCACAAAAACAUCUUACAUACAAAAACAUUUCACUUUGGAGGCUACACCAAGCAUCAAUGGCAGCCUCACUACAAGCUGCAGCUACCCUCAUGCAACCCACCAAGGUGGGCAUAACCUCUCGCAACCUCAAAUCAGCACAAUGCGUUUCUAAGGCUUUCGGCUUUGAACCCGCUGGAGCCAAACUCACAUGCUCUCUCCAGUCUGAUCUCAAGGACAUGGCUCAAAAAUGCCUCGACGCCUCCAAAAUCGCAGGAUUCGCCCUUGCCACCUCUGCUCUCGUUGUUUCCGGAGCGAGUGCUGAAGGUGUGCCAAAGAGGCUAACCUACGACGAAAUCCAGAGCAAGACAUACCUGGAAGUGAAGGGAACCGGAACUGCGAACCAGUGUCCAACCAUUGAAGGAGGAGUUGAAUCGUUCGCCUUCAAGCCAGGGAAAUACAACGCGCAGAAAUUCUGCCUGGAACCCACUUCAUUUACGGUGAAGGCCGAGGGCGUGGCGAAGAACGCGCCACCGGAGUUCCAAAACACGAAGCUGAUGACUCGCUUGACCUACACGCUGGACGAGAUCGAGGGUCCCUUCGAGGUUUCCCCCGAUGGAGCGGUCAAGUUCGAGGAGAAAGACGGAAUCGACUACGCUGCAGUGACGGUUCAGCUCCCCGGCGGGGAGCGCGUGCCCUUCCUCUUCACCAUCAAGCAGUUGGUGGCGUCUGGGAAACCGGACAACUUCGGAGGGGAGUUUCUGGUACCCUCGUACCGUGGUUCCUCUUUCUUGGACCCCAAGGGAAGGGGUGCAUCCACCGGUUACGACAAUGCGGUUGCUUUGCCCGCUGGUGGAAGAGGUGAUGAGGAGGAACUUGCUAAGGAAAACAACAAAAGUGCUUCUUCCUCGAAAGGGAAGAUCACGUUGAGUGUGACCAAGACUAAGCCCGAGACUGGUGAGGUUAUUGGGGUCUUUGAGAGCGUUCAGCCUUCUGAUACUGAUUUGGGAGCUAAGGCUCCUAAGGAUGUUAAGAUCCAAGGUGUCUGGUAUGCUCAGCUUGCGUCAUAGACCUUUUUCUAAUGCUAGAGCUACGUAAUUGCUUCUAUUUUAUUGUAACUCCACUCCAUCACCACACUUUGCCCAACCACUCAGAGCUUUAUUAUGUCUGUAUAUUGUAAUGACUUCGAUCAUAAUGCUUCAAAUUAAAAUGUCUAAUUUACGUA